AUGUAAUAAAAAUUGUCUUAAGUUAACACAAAAACAAAUUGGGAUGAUAUUAGAAAGGAAUAGAUGAGAUAGAUAAUAGAGCAAGGUUCAAAUAUGACAGAUGAUGAUGUUGUUUAUCUAAAGCAUUGUAUUAAAAAUUUUAGUGGACCAACUGCAUACAUGUGGUUGGAAAGUAACCUUAAAGGAGAUCAAAUUAAUGAAAUAAUAAGGCAUAUGAAAAUAGCUACAAGUAAUGAUGGAACAAAUCCAAUAUACUUUGUUUAAGAAGGUGAAUUAACUUCAAAAACAAGAGUGUACAAAAAAGCAGAAGUGGUUUAGAAUGAAGAAGUUGAAUUUGGAUAUGGAGCUAUCGCUUUUUAGGUCGACAGAUAAUUAUUCAACUCUUUUAAAAAUAGCACCGAAUUGUAGGAAUUAGAAUUAAAAUCACAAAAUUUAUAACGUUGCAUUCCGAUUAGAUCUUUUGACAUUUAAAAAAAAUAGACUAUGUUACCAUUAUUUAAGGAAACUAAAAAGAAGUUUGGCAGUAUAAUGACAGUUCCAGAAGGAGGAACAGCCAGCUUGUAUUUUUAGACAAAAGGGACAACAUUGAUUUUUACAUCCACAAAGAGUCGUAAUUUAAUUAUUGUUGGAUGCAUUCAAAAUACAGGAGUGUUCAAUGAAUAAAGACUAUUAUUUGAAUAGGGAUCAGAAUAUGGAAGUAUAUCUAUAUGCGAGUCUACUCUUUAUUAAUUAUAAGCAGAAGAUGUAUUUAAACUGCCAGACGAUUGCAUACAAUCUUUAAGAGCAGGUUUUUUAGCUAAGAGAAUUAUCUAUAAAUCAAUAGUAGAUAAAUGUCAAUAGAUGAAAGAAGAUGAUGAUUUUGUUGAAUUCUAGGAUAGAAUUUGUAAGAAGUAUUCAAUAGAAUACAGCAGUAUUUUAAAUGUCAUAUAAAAAAAUACAAAAAAUGGAAAGAUAGAAUCUACAGAUAAAUAGGAAUAGAUUGAAAAAAAUAAAUAAAUGUUUGAAAAAACAAUUGGAGGAAAUAGAAUGAACAAUGUUUUAAGUUAAAUGAGUGACAAAGAAAGAACAUUAUGUUUAGGAACUCCCAGAAUUGUCAAUAAAUAAUCUACAUUCUUAGGAUUGACAUAGGAAUAAGAAACAUCUUUAUUUGCUUUAAGAUAACUUGCCACUGAUCUAAGAAAAGGAAAUUCGAAUUCAAACUAAAUUCAUCCUCUGUCCAAAGAAUCUGUCAAUAAAGCCAAAUAAGCUUUGCUUUAGGAAGAAAAGAUUAAUAUUGGGGAAAUGCUGUAGAGAAAAACCAUUUCUACAAAAUUGCAAGAGGAUCCCUCUGUGCUUGGAAAAAUGAAGAAAGACAAUAAUGAAUUGUUAUCUUCAUAUCCUUAAGAAGAGGAGAGAAUUCUAAAAAUACAUUCUGAAGACACAAAUAAAGAAUCAAAGAGUGAAUCAGAAACAAAUAAUGAUUAAAGUGACUUCAAAGGAAGACCCUAAGGAAGAUAAAGUUCUACAAAAGGAUAAUAAACAGCACAAUAAAUUUAAAUUGAUAAAAAAAAUAAAUUGCUUUAAAGUUUAGUUUGA